AUGCUUGAUUGUUACAUGUCCCCCAAAACAAUGUGGGAAGGGAUGAAGGCUCCCCAGCAAGUUCAAAACGACUCAGAAGCUAUGCAUCAAGAGAUGAUUAAGGUCGGCCCUUUUUGUGUUCCCAAUAAUGUUGUGGAUGAACCUGACUCACAGUUGAUACAAUAUGUUUUUGAGCGUUUAAGUGAUAGAUGUGAAAUUUUUUCGUCGCAUCGUUCUUUUCUGUAUCAGUCUCAAUUGACCACACUUAGACCACGGGCUCAUUUGGAUUCAUGGGUAAUAGAUAUUUUUGCUGAUAUCUUCACUGACAAUGAAAGGAGAAACAAAAGUAAAGUUUCGAAUUGGUAUCUUCCAGUGAUGUUUUCGAAUGUAGCACUCAAUAGUGGUGAUGUGAGUUCCUUCCUUGACUUUGUUGGACGGCAUAAUAUGAUAGACAACUACAUGUGGGACUUGGUAGAUUGUGAGAAGAAUCAGGAAGUUGAAAUAUGGGAUUCUCUAUGUGAUCGAUUUACGGAUAAAAUUGAACGCGACCAAACAAUAGAGAAACUGCUGCUUGCCAUGGAUAAUCUCUUUGAAAAUGUUAUGUUCACGAAAUUUGAUAGGAGAAUGGCGAGCAAUAUCUUAUUACAGCGUAAUGGACAUGAUUGUGGUAUAUUUGUUAUUAAUUAUAUGCAACAAUCAGAUCAUUAUGUGAAGCAAAAUCCCUUAUUUCAGUUUGACAGUGAUAAAGAAAGGUUGGAUUUGGCUUUGAAGUUACUCAAGAGUAACCUGAAUAAUGAGAAAGAAAGACUAUAUGAUGAAGCAGCAAGAAGUUAUGCAAAAGCCCAUACUGAAGAAGAUUUAGAUUUACGUGGAACUAAAAGAAAGUGGGUUGAAGAUGUUGGAAGACGAGGGGCAUACAUGGAAUUGGAUGAUUCUGAUAAUAUAGCGAAGAGAAAAAAUGUUCGUUUGAAAACAGAAUGUUCUAGAGGUUAUUUGUUGCCGACAAUUGAUUUAGUGGGAGAAGAGUUUCAAAGGAGUACUCAACAAAUAUGGAAAUGGAUAACAGAAGAUGAGGUGUCAGCUGUUGGGAUAUGGGGAAUGGGCGGAGCAGGGAAAACAGCUUUAGCAACUCAUGUGCAUAACAAACUUUUAGAAGAAGCUGGUGAUGACUUGGAGCAUAUUAUUUGGGUCACUGUGUCACAAUAUGAUAAUAGCAUUUGUAAGUUGCAAAAGGCCAUUGCAAGAUCAAUUAAUUUAGAAAUAUCUGAUGAGUGUGAUGUCAAAAGGAUAUCAGGGAAAUUAUUGCAUGCAUUCAAACACAUAACUAGAUGUGUCCUUAUUUUAGAUGAUGUUUGGAAUCCUAUCUAUUUGGAAGAGGUUGGAUUUCCAGUUUCAAAUAAUGGGAUUAAAUUGAUUUUGACAACUCGAUUGUGGGAAGUGUGUCAAAGUAUGAAUUGCAUGAAGAACAUAAUAGAAGUAGAACCUCUAGGCAAAAAAGAUGGUUUUGAUUUGUUUACAAAGACUCUUGGAGUCCAUCAAAUACAACCGAUUGGGGUGGAGACUAAAGCAAGGGCGGUGGCAGAACAAUGUGAGGGUUUGCCCCUUGCAAUUGUUAUGAUAGCAAGAAGCAUGAAGGGAAAAGAGCACAUAAGAGAAUGGGAUCAUUUGUUGGAAUGCCUUCAAAACAUGGGUGACGGGCAAUAUCAUAUGGAUGAGAGGGUAUUUCAGGUAUUGAAAUCUAGUUAUUCUUUCUUAAACAAUAAAUUGCAAAGGUUUUUUUUGUACUGUGCAUUGAGUGUUAAGGGGACUGUAUUGGAUAUUGUUACUAAGCCUUUUAUGAAAAGAUUUUUCUAUGGGGAAUGGACAGAUGGGACAAAGAGCUUCACGAUGCGAUAUAAUGAAGGUUAUGCCAUGUGGCAAAAGUUAAAAAAUAGCAGUUUGUUGUUGAAAAAGAAUGGGACAUGCAGAGUGCACACUUUACUUCAGGUCAUGGCUCUCACUAUUGCAAAGAAGACUGAAAAAAUCAUGACAAAACAUGGUAUGAAUUUAAUAGGAUUGUCAGAGAAUGGAAAAUGGAAUGAAAAUUUGCAGAAUGUUUUUCUAAGUGGAAGCGAGCGAAAUGACGAUUCUGAUGACGUCAGAAUUAUUAGCACAGCUCCAAAACCUAGAGACUAUUUCUGUUGCAUCUUGUAA